GUUACAGUCUCGUUCCACUUGACUCUUGCAAAUCUGGACCACAUUUUGAGUCAUCAGGAUGACACAUCAAUGGCCCUGACUAAAAGUAUAAAGGCUGGCUAGUCACCCCGCCAACACAACAUAAAGUCGUAACAGAACACACACGCACACACCAGGUAAACGCGACGUCUGCACAACUUCAACUCAGAAACUUUUGAACAAAUCGUUAUAGAAAAGAUGCACCGUAAAGUUGUCAUUAUUGGAUCCGGUCCCGCUGGUCACACUGCCGCAAUUUACUUGGCCCGUGGUGAGGUCCACCCUACGAUGUACGAGGGUAUGCUGGCUAAUGGAAUCGCUGCCGGCGGUCAGUUGACUACUACAACCGAGGUCGAGAACUUCCCUGGUUUCCCUGAGGCUAUUGGUGGUACGGAAUUGACAGAACGGUUCCGUCAACAAUCCGAGCGUUUCGGUACGGAAAUCAUCACUGAAACCGUGUCGAAGCUUGACUUGAAUGCUCGUCCCUUCAAGUUCUGGCUCGAGGGUGCCGAGGACCAAGAGCCCGAAACCGCUGACACCAUUAUUCUGGCUACCGGUGCUAGUGCCAAGCGUCUCCAUGUCAAGGGUGAGGAGCAGUACUGGCAGGCAGGUAUUUCUGCUUGUGCCGUUUGUGAUGGCGCCGUUCCCAUUUUCCGUAACAAGCCUUUGGCUGUUGUCGGAGGCGGUGACUCUGCUGCUGAAGAGGCCUUGUUCUUGACCAAGUACGGCAGCAAGGUGUACGUGCUCGUCCGUCGUGACAAGCUUCGUGCUUCCCCUAUCAUGGCCAAGCGUCUGACGAACCACCCCAAGGUCGAGAUUGUUUGGAACACCAGUGUCGUCGAGGCUCAGGGUGACGGCAGACUUCUUAACAACAUCGUCAUCAAGAACAAUCAGACCGGUGCUACUUCCGACUUGGCUGUUAACGGUCUUUUCUAUGCCAUCGGUCACAUCCCCGCUACAAAGAUUGUAGAGGGCCAAGUUGAGUUGGAUGCUGACGGUUAUGUGCACACCAUUGACGGUACUCCCCGUACAAGCAUUCGUGGUUUCUUCGCCGCCGGUGAUGUCCAGGACCGUGUCUUCCGUCAAGCCAUUACCUCUGCUGGUAGCGGCUGCCAAGCUGCUUUGUUGGCUAUGCGCUACUUGGAGGAGCUCGAGGCUGAACAAGAAGGAAAUUAAGGAAAAAAAUAACAUGAAAUUGCAGACUGCACUUUCUUUGAUGAUAAACGGAUAAUUCUGGUUGCUGCUCCGUUCACCUUUUCGCAUCCUUCUUUUGUUUGGUUGAUUAUGAUUCUCUCCUCCCUUGCGUCCGUAUAAAAUAGAUAGCACCUUCCUUUUCAUGUAGAUGCUUUAAGAAUAUCUUCUGUUUUUGUUUACCUUUUUUUUAAGCGGUUAAGUUUUCAAAGUCUUCUUCGUUUUAUACCUUCCUUUAGUUUCAAUACCAUCCCCCAUGUUAAUGACGCCCGUAAGUUUUAAAUGAAAUCGAGAGGCUUUUUGUAAUAGA